UGUCUCUCUAUCACUCAAAUUAUCCCACUUAUAUAUACUCGACCCUCUCUCUCUUUCCCUCUCCCUCCUUACCACCAUGUGGAUAACCAUUUUCCCUCUCCCUCCUUCCCACAUCUCCACAAACUACACUUUCACUCUCUGAUCCAUGGCUCCCAACCGUCAUUUCCUCGCCGUCGCUGCCACCGUCAUCGCCGCCCUUUCUACUUGCUGCCAUGCUGCCGCUACCGCGGAAUUCUUCUCCAUCAUGACCAAUUCCGUUCCGGUGCCCAAUUGGAAAGGCCCGAGCUACUGCAACUACACCGGAGUUUCAUGCGACGACCAACAUAACGUGGUGGAGCUAGACCUCUCCGGCUGGUCCCUCACCGGAAAAUUCCCAGAAGAAAUAUGCACGUAUCUUCCACGACUUAGCAGCCUCCGCAUCGGAUUAAACACUUUCCACGGCGACUUCCCUCUCGGCAUCACCGGCUGCUCCUUCCUGGAGGAGCUCAACAUGAGCGCCACGCACCUCACCGGACCCCUGCCCGACUUCUUCCCAUUGAAGAAGCUGAGGAUUCUCGACCUCUCCUACAACAAAUUCUCCGGCGACUUCCCCAUGUCGAUCACCAACCUCACCAAUCUGGAGGUGUUGAAUUUCAACGAGAACCCGGGUUUCAACCUGUGGAAGCUGCCCGAGAAUCUGACGGGGCUAACAACGCUCAAGACACUGGUCCUGUCGACCUGCCAGCUCUACGGCACCCUCCCGCCGUGGCUGGGCAACAUGACUUCCCUCGUCGACCUCGAGCUGACCGGAAACGCCUACACGGGCAGCAUCCCGCCCCAGCUGGGGCGCCUCCGCAACCUGCGGCAGCUCGAGCUCUACUACAACCACCUGACCGGAGAGCUGCCCGAAGAGAUCGGCAACUUGACGGAGUUACGAGACCUGGACAUGUCCGUCAACAAGUUCAGCGGCGGGAUACCGGAGUCCAUCUGCCGCCUCCCGAAGCUGGAGUACUUACAGUUCUACAACAGCUGCUUGACGGGCCCCAUCCCCGCCGCCAUCGGGAACUCCACCACCUUGAAGAUGCUCUCCCUCUACGGCAACUUCCUGACCGGCGAGGUCCCCCGGGACCUGGGGCGGCGGUCCCCGCUCCUGGCUGUGGAGCUCUCCGAGAACAACCUCACGGGCGGGCUGCCCGACGGCAUGUGCAGCAGGGGCAGCCUUAGCUACCUCCUCCUUCUAAAGAACAUGCUGUCGGGCGAGCUACCCGUGAGCUAUUCGAAUUGCAGCUCCCUGGUCCGCUUCCGCGUCAGCAACAACAACUUCGUGGGGAACAUUCCAGAAGGUCUCCUCUCCCUGCCGCACGUGUCGAUCAUCGACGUUGCCUACAACAAUCUCACCGGCUCCAUCAGCCAGUCCAUUCGUCUUGCCAGCAAUUUAUCAGAGCUGUUCGUGCAGGGAAACAGGAUCUCCGGCGCCAUACCGCAGGAGAUCUCCCUCGCCACGAACCUCGUGAAAAUGGACCUCAGCUACAAUCUUCUAUCGGGGCCCAUCCCAUCCGAAAUCGGAGAGCUGAGACGGCUGAAUGUCCUUCUCUUGCAAGGGAACAUGCUGAGCUCAUCCAUUCCUGAAGCUCUCUCGAACCUCAGCUCGUGUAACGUGGUUGACCUCUCCAACAACCGUCUCUCGGGUGAGAUACCGGAGAGCCUGUCGAGACUGCUGCCCAACUCGCUCAACUUCUCCAACAACCAGCUCUCCGGCCCCAUCCCGCUCCCCUUCAUGAACCAGGGCAUGCUCGAGAGCUUCGCGGGGAAUCCAGGCCUCUGCGUCCCCGGGAAGCUAGACGCGUCGGGCCCAGACUUGGCCGCCUGCCCGCAAUCAUACGGGCGGAGGAAGGGCAACAGCCUCUGGCUGAUCCUCAUAUCGGUAGGCGUGGUAAUAGUCGGGACGGCUCUGUACCUGAGGAGGUGGUUGGGCAGAGACAGAGUCGGGAUGGAAAACGAGGAGUCCCUGCUCUUCUCGUACGAGAUCAAGAGCUUCCACCGCAUAAGCUUCGAGCAGAGGGAGAUCGUGGAGGCGAUGGUGGAGAAGAACAUCGUGGGAUACGGGGGGUCGGGCACGGUGUACAGGAUCGAGCUGAACAACGGGGAGGAGGUGGCGGUGAAGAAGCUGUGGAGCGGGAAAAACAAGGUGGUUCUGGACAAGGAGCUGAAGACGGAGGUGGAGACGGUGGGGAGCAUAAGGCACAAGAACAUCGUGAAGCUGUAUUGCUACUUGUGGAGGGCCGAGUGCAGCCUGCUGGUGUACGAGUACAUGCCGAAUGGGAACCUGUGGGACGCACUGCACAAGGGGAAGGUGGUGCUGGACUGGCCCGUGCGGCACCAGGUGGCGCUCGGGGUGGCGCAGGGCCUGGCCUACCUCCACCACGACCUCAUGCCGCCUAUCAUUCAUAGAGACAUCAAGUCAACUAAUAUCCUCCUGGAUGUUGACUACCAGCCCAAGGUGGCCGACUUUGGCAUUGCCAAAGUGCUGCAGGCCGCGGAGGCCACCACCACGGUGGUGGCAGGAACUUAUGGCUACUUGGCGCCGGAAUAUGCAUUUUCAUCCAAGGCGACGACCAAGUGCGACGUGUACAGCUUCGGGGUGGUGCUGAUGGAGCUGAUAACGGGGAAGAAGCCGGUGGAGGCGGAGUUUGGGGAGAGCAACAACAUCAUAUACUGGGUGUCCACAAAGGUGGAGACCAAGGAAGGGGCGAUGGAGGUGUUGGAUGAGAGGAUCGCGGAGUCGUACAGAGAUGAGAUGAUCAAGGUGCUACGGAUCGCUAUACGCUGCACGUGCGCCACUGCGGCGCUGCGCCCCACCAUGAACGAGGUGGUGCAGCUGCUCAUGGAGGCCGACCCUUGCAGGUUUCAGUGCUGCACCGUUUCGAAUAAGACACCACCAACCACCACCAACACAAAGGACCAGUUCGAUUAGUCAUUAAUUAAUUAAUUAUCACUUUUAUAUAUCUACACAUAUAUGCAUGCAUCAUAUUAGUACUAGUAACUAAACUAACUACUCCAAGACAAGAUUUUUUUUUUUUUUUUGUCAAAGUAGUAGUAGGAAGAAUCUCACACUUUUUCUUGAUUUUAUGCACUUUUCUGUCUUGGCCUAUUGUAAAUAUAUAUUUGAGAAUUAUGAUAUGUAUAAAAACUGCUUUAUGGCAACGCUUA